AUGGGUUCUAUUAGCGCUUUUGACUCAAUCAUCUUCCGGAACCUCUUUGGCACUGAUGAGAUUCGAUCCAUUUUCAGUGAUCAGGCAUACAUAAAGCGAUGCGUCGACGUCGAGACAGGCCUAGCACGGGCUCAGGCUCACUGCAAUGUCAUUCCGGCCGAGGCAGCCAAAGAGAUUACCGCUUUGUCGAACACAGCCGGCCUCGACUUCGACCGUCUGCGCAACGAGACCGACAUCGUUGGAUACCCUAUCCUGCCUCUUGUACGUCAACUGAGUGCCAUGUGUGAAUCGUCCGGUAAAUACGUUCAUUGGGGCGCCACAACUCAGGAUAUCAUGGAUACUGCAAGUGUCUUGCAGAUCAAAGAUGGCUUAGCAGUGGUCGAGGCGAAGCUGGACGGUGUGAUUUCUGCACUCGAGCGCCUAUGCUUGGCCCAUCGGGAUACGCCAAUGGCCGGUCGGACUCAUCUCCAGCACGCCCUCCCUAUAACCUUUGGGUAUAAAUGCGCGGUGUGGCUGUCUGGACUUCAGCGCCACAAGGAGCGCUUGCGUCAGCUCAUGCCUCGAGCCCUUGUGGUUCAAUACGGCGGUGCCGCCGGGACCCUUGCGUCUUUGGGUCCAGGAGAGGAUGGUCUAAACGUUCGUCGGCAACUAGCCACAGAGAUGGGCCUCGCAGAUCCCCCAAUUACUUGGCACGUUGCUCGUGAUGGGAUCGCGGAGGUAACAAACCUUCUGGCGCUCAUUGGAGGGACCCUCGGCAAAGUGGCUCUCGACCUCAUCUUCAUGUCAUCCAACGAGCUUGGAGAGGUUGGCGAGCCCUUCGUCCCCCACCGUGGUGCCUCGUCAACCAUGCCACAAAAGAGAAAUCCCAUCUCGAGUGAGGUGAUACUCGCAGCUUCGAAAAUCCUACGAUCCAAUGCUGGCUUGGUGCUGGAUAGUAUGGUGGCUGACUUUGAGCGAGCCUCUGGGCCUUGGCAUUUGGAAUGGGUGGCGAUUCCUGAAAGCUUUGUUAUGGCUGUUGGUGCCCUUCAUCAAGCCGAGUUUGUCUUGGCUGGCUUGGAGGUGUCCAAGACACAAAUGGCGGCGAACCUGGCACUUAGCAAGGGACUUAUUGUUGGCGAGGCCGUUAUGAUGAGCUUGGCCAACCACAUGGGUCGACAGGAUGCACAUGACGUUGUGUACAAAGCCUGCAAGGAGACGAUUGAGCUGGGCGGAGACGUAACCUUGCUGCAGACUCUGAAGAAAGAUCAGCGAGUCGUCGAUGCUGUCUCCGCUGAAGAGCUUAAAAGCCUAUGUGAUCCAAUGAACUACAUGGGCUCGUCACAACGCAUGGUUGACUCAAUCUUAAGCCUGCACAAUGAAUAG